AUAUGCUUCAACAACUAUACCAUCCUCCCACUUCUCCUCCCCGAGGACCCGACCAAGCCCUGCCUGAGUUGUACAAAACAGUGGUGUUUGGACCAGAAGCUCUCUAUCUGUAGAGAGGCGAUGCUGGGGGAUGCGAAUCCUGAUACGGCAACUGGCAAGGAGGGGGAUGUCGAUGUUCGGUGUUUUCAAAGAGACUCCCCAAGAGAUCAGCUCACUGUCACACUCUUCAUCCUCAUCAUUGUUGGUCUGCUCAUUGGCGCAGCCGCAAGAGGGAAGAUGAUGGAAGUCGGUAUAGAUCCUGCCGACGCAUGGGAAGCGUCGCGCAAGUGGUGGGAGGUGUGUCUCCCCUCUCUGAGGUGA